AUGAGAGGUGCGGCUUUCCUCCGCAGGCGCCACCACAGCGACCAUCACACCCAGCCGGGCUGCCAGCGCCACUGUGUGGAAGAGAACCUGGAGCGCAGGAACCACUACUUGGACCUGGCAGGCAUCGAAAACUACACAUCCCGCUUUGGAGCCGCCCCCACCACCACCACCACAGAGCCAGCGAAGGCCGAGCCUCAGACGCGUCCAUCCAACCAGACUCGCUCCCGCUCUCACGAGCCAGAGAACGGCCACCCCCACCCCCCCCACCGCCGCCUGCACCCCGCCGUGGACACCGUGUCUCCGGAGAGCCUCCACCCCUCCGCUCGUACGCGAGUUCAGGACUCGGGGAAACAUGCCAUCCGCUCUCCUAAAACCCACAGCAGCCGGACGCCCCCCGCGCAGAUCAGCAGCAGGGUGAUGAGAAGCCGAGGCGCCCCCCCUCCCACGGUCCUCCCCA